AAUAUAGUAAUGUAAUGAUUUACAAAGAGACAACACUUAAUGCCUCUUUGAUUUAUUGUUUAUUUUGGCAAAUCUGCUUUUCCACACAGAAAUUCAUGUUCAGUGAAACUCCUCUGACAACAAUCUCACAUUCAUCAAUUCACCAAUAAAUGCAGGAAUAUCUCCAUCAGUUCUCAAGUGAAGAGGAGCAUCAAACCAUCCAAGAAGAGAUGAAAUCUGUAAAGAUUGAGUUUAUUAAAGAGGAAAGAGAGGAGAUGGGAGAUCCAGAACCCUGCAGAAUCAAACACACUGAAGAUACUGAAGAACAAACAGGUCUGAACGGAGGUCUCAGGGGUUUGGAACGACAUGAGGGGUUGAUUGAAGGUAAUGAGGAGAGAGAAGUGAGUGAAUCUGAGGAGAAGAAACCUUACAAGUGUUCACACUGUGACAAGAGAUUCAGUCGGUCAUCAAGUCUGAAAAGACAUGAGAGGAUUCACACUGGAGAGAAACUGCACACAUGUGAUCAGUGCGGAAAGAGUUUCACGAUAAAAGCAAACCUUACAUCACACAUGAGAGUUCAUACUGGAGAGAAACCAUUCACUUGUGAUCAGUGCGGAAAGAGUUUCUCACACUCAUCAACUCUUAAGUUACACAGGAACAUCCACACUAGAGAGAAACUGUACACAUGUGAUCAAUGCGGGAAAACAUUUUUGAGGGCUAAAGACCUGAAGAGACACCUGAGAGUUCAUACAAAGGAGAAACCACAUUCAUGUCAUUUGUGUGGAAAGAGGUUUUCACAUCUACAAAAUUUGAAAGAACAUGAGAAAAUACAUACUGGUGUGAGAGAUUAUGUGUGCUUUGAGUGUGAAAAGACCUUUACUACAGCAAACUGUUUAAAACACCAUGAGAAGAUUCACACUGGAGAGAAACCUCAUAAGUGUUCACACUGUGACAAGAGAUUCAGUGUGUCAGGAACUCUGAAAACACAUGAGAUGAUCCACACUGGAGAGAAACCUUACAAGUGUUUACACUGUGACAAGAGAUUCAGACUGUCAUCAAGUCUGAAACUACAUGAGAGGAUCCACACUGGGGAGAAACCGCACACAUGUGAUCAGUGCGGGAAGAGUUUUACACUAAAAGGAAGCCUUACAUCACACAUGAGAGUUCAUACUGGAGAGAAACCAUUCACUUGUGAUCAGUGCGAAAAGAGUUUCUCAUGCUCAUCAACUCUUAAAUCACACAUGAACAUCCACACUAGAGAGAAACUGUACACAUGUGAUCAAUGCGGGAAAACAUUUUUGAGAGCUUCAGAACUGAAGCAGCACCUGAGAGUUCAUACAAAGGAGAAGCCACAUUCAUGUCAUUUGUGUGGAAAAAGUUUUUCGUGUCCACAACAUUUAAAAUUGCAUCAGAAAAUACAUGCUGCUGUGAGAGAUUACAUGUGCUUUGAAUGUGAAAAGACUUUUACUACAGCGGGCCGUUUAAAACUGCAUGAGAAGAUUCACACUGGAGAGAAACCUUACAAGUGUUCACACUGUGACAAGAGAUUCCGUCAGUCAGGAACUCUGAAAACACAUGAGAGGAUCCACACUGGAGAGAAACCUUACAAGUGUUCACACUGUGACAAGAGAUUCAGUGUGUCAUCACAUCUGAAACUACAUGAGAGGAUCCACACUGGAGAGAAACCCUAUCUCUGCACGACAUGUGAGAAGAGUUUCAGUCAUUCAGUUUCUCUACACAAUCAUACAAAAAACUAUCAUAGUAAGUAGAUCAUCUUCAGAUCUGAUGCUGUAUCCUCACCAAAAAAAACCUCUUAAAUCGAUUAACGCGUAUACGCAUUAUGAGUCAUUUUCUCCUGAUAACCCC